AUGGCUGAUCAGGAAGUUGAUCUGGAUUCGAUCAUCGAUAGAUUGUUGGAGGUGAGGGGUAGCCGUCCUGGCAAGCAGGUCCAGCUGUUGGAAUCGGAGAUUCGCUAUCUCUGCACCAAGGCCCGGGAAAUCUUCAUCUCUCAGCCUAUCCUGCUGGAGCUGGAAGCACCAAUCAAGAUUUGCGGUGAUAUUCACGGUCAAUACUACGAUCUUCUGCGUCUCUUCGAAUACGGUGGAUUCCCACCGGAGGCCAACUAUCUGUUCCUCGGAGACUACGUAGAUCGUGGCAAGCAGUCGCUCGAGACAAUCUGCCUGCUCCUGGCGUACAAAAUCAAGUACCCCGAAAACUUCUUCGUUCUUCGCGGGAACCACGAAUGCGCGUCCAUUAACCGUAUUUACGGCUUCUACGACGAAUGCAAGCGCAGGUAUAACAUCAAGCUAUGGAAGACUUUCACCGAUUGCUUUAACUGCCUACCCAUUGCGGCCAUCAUUGACGAGAAGAUCUUCACCAUGCACGGUGGUCUGAGUCCCGAUCUCAACUCGAUGGAGCAGAUUCGUCGUGUGAUGCGUCCUACCGAUAUUCCUGACUGCGGUCUCCUGUGCGAUCUCCUGUGGUCCGAUCCCGACAAGGAUAUCACCGGCUGGAGUGAAAACGACCGAGGUGUAUCAUUCACGUUCGGUCCCGACGUCGUCUCCCGUUUUCUGCAGAAGCAUGAUAUGGAUUUGAUCUGCCGUGCACAUCAAGUGGUUGAGGACGGCUACGAGUUCUUCUCCAAGCGCCAACUCGUUACCCUGUUCAGCGCACCCAAUUAUUGCGGAGAGUUUGACAACGCUGGUGCCAUGAUGAGUGUCGAUGAAAGUCUACUCUGUUCCUUCCAGAUCUUGAAACCAGCAGAAAAGAAACAAAAGUACGUUUACGGGGGCAUGAGCUCAAACAGGCCCGUCACUCCUCCGCGAAAGCAAAAGAAGAAGUAA